AGUUGGUUUCUGGUGUAUGGUUAGUAACUCGCCUUGCCUUGCUUAAUGUUCAUGUUGUAGUCAAUACAGUAAACAUUUGAAAAUAUAUCUUUCAUAUUAUAAUUUUAUUAAUAUUAUGGCCUCUGCGAGAGAUCUAUUUAUCAGGAUAAGUGAUGCCUUUUGGUCAGAAUCUAUCUGGUUACCGCCGAAUACAACGUGGAAAAUCUACGAAGAUCGUGCCGGUGGUAUUAACUACGCCCAAUUUAAUGAUAUCUAUUACUCCCUGUUAACAGCUAUCGUGAUAUUGUGUAUUAGAAUUACCUUCGAACGUUUAAUAUUCCGACCAUUGGGUCAAGCCUUAGGAAUAAGUGAUCGUCCUCGGGUUAAAUUAGAGAAAAAUGAAGUCCUGGAGAAAGCCUUUAGGAUCAACAGACGUCCAUCACCAUCAACAAUUCAAGCUUUAUCCAAGCGAACCGAUUUAUCGACCAAAGCAGUGGAAUCAUGGUUUAACCGUCGCCAGGCAGCCGUCAAACCCACUACCUUAGCUCGGUUCACAGAGAGUUCGUGGAAAUGUACAUUUUAUACGUUUUCCUUCUUUUUCGGAGUCUGGGCUCUUUGGGAUAAACCUUGGACUUGGGACUCAAUGCAUUGUUUUAUUGAUUACCCUCAUCAUUCAGUGUCAUCUGAAAUUUGGUGGUAUUACAAUAUAGAACUUGGUUUUUACAUUUCUCUCAUCAUAUCACAAUUUUUUGACGUUAAAUACAGUGAUUUCUGGCAAAUGUUUAUACAUCAUGUUGUGACCGUUCUGUUACUUUGUUUUUCUUGGGCUUGUAACCUCCAUAGAAUCGGUACUCUAGUUCUGAUAAUCCAUGAUUUUGCUGACAUUCCGUUGGAGGGAACCAAGAUAACGCGCUACAUGAAAACCCCUAGGCUGGCCAAUGUUGUCUUUUCUGUAUUCCUCAUCUGUUGGAUAUACUCAAGACUUGGUCUUUUACCAACCCGAGUGAUAGCCUAUUCAACAUAUUAUGCUUUAUCCAUUCUUCCCAUGUUCCCAGCAUAUUAUAUUUUUAAUGGUCUUCUGUGUACACUACAAGUUUUACACAUUGUGUGGACCUGGUUAAUCUUAAAAAUUGCCCAUAAUGCAAUUUUUGUCGAUGGAGUCAAAGACUUACGAGAAAGUGAUGACGAAGAUGACGAUUGAGAUUUCCAGAUCGAGAUUAAGAUAUUUGAAGUGGGAGAUAAACACCUAAUCGAGAUUUUGUAAAGGAGAAAUAAGCAAUCUUUUUUUGUUCUGUUUUUUCACAACACCAUGGUAACCAUUUAAGCUACUAGUGGUGUUAACUGUAAUAAUCAAUUGUUGGUACACCUAGACGUUACUCACAAUACAAUGUACAAAAUAUCCACCAAUAAUCAUAUUUCCAGUUAACAAUUGAAUCAAUCUGCUCCAAAACCUUUAAGUUAACUUGUAUGAAUCAUCAGCAACCUUUAUUGUGGCAGAUCUCUGGUGUAUUAACAUCUACAUCUAAUCAUUUGGGCUUCUUAUGUUAUCAAUAAUAAUUGUUAUUAUUUCCCUUAAAUGAUUAGUUAAGCUCAUUUUUUACAACUGUAUUUAAUACAAUAAUAAGGAAAAAAAAUAUGUCGCCAAUUAAUUUUGGUCAAUAAAAAUAUUAUAGAUUUAA